AUGAUGAGCAGUGGGAUCGGUCGCAACUCAGCAGUCGAGGACAAUGGCUACCCAAAUAUCAACAACGAAAAGUGCGGAGAGCUUGAACAUGGCUAUACAGCUACGGAGCUACCCAGUCACCUGGUCGAUCAGGAGACGGCGGUGACGAAGGUCAGUCAGCUCAUAUCCCUUAGACCGUGGGAUAAGAUCAGGGGAACAAAGGCUGUAGAGGCUGUGUUGACCAUAUGCGUCGUUGGACGCCAGGUUGGAGGUGUCAGACAACGGUAUGCCCUGGUCGGCCAUGAAUGCCUGUCAUCCUGCGAGGAGAUUCUGCGGUCUCACGGCGACACAGCCCGGGGAAUGGCGGAGCAUACAGUACAGCAUUCCGGACUCCUGGACAUCUCUCAGCCCGCGACAUGUUGCUUUGAUGAUGAGGCAAUUGACAUGGUCUGCGGCUGGUAUGUAGGGAGAUGCAGCGCUAUCGGAUGA